AUGUCCGACCAAGAAAGACCAGGAUCUUCUAAGGAGCACACUGACCUUGGAAGCAAUAGCAAGGGCUCUGAAGAGCGUGCUGAACAAGAUGUAACUGCUGGAAGCCAUGCAACCGUGCUUCCAGCGAGUUCGGAUGAUGCCUCCAGCGAAUACACAUCCGAAUCGGGCUCCGAUGAUAACGCUGUAUCAUCGAAUGCAUCUUCAUCGGAGCCGGUCGUACAAGGUGGUCGCCGCAAAUUCUCGUUCGAAGUCGGCCCCGAUGGCCUCUCCAUGCCAUCAAGCGCCGCUCCGCCGGUCUUGUCCAGGAACGACCCCUACGAAGGAUUACCACGCCCUCCGUUUGGGUUUGCUGGACGAGACGCUCUGGCUAGCGACGGGUUAAGCAUCCACUCGCUUGACAUAUCACGCCCGCAGACUCCUCUCCGCAGGAGGGGUGCUGUCCGCCGGACCAGGACCGCGUCGUCCCGUAUGGGCGGGGCGACGGAACCCGAUGAUGACAGGGCUCCGAGGGAAUAUACUUCAUUCCCUUUCCCGGAGCCGUUUCUGCCGGAGUCACCUGCCGUGGAGGAACUCCGUAGCGCGUGGCUAGGGUUACAAAACCGAGACAGGAUGAACAGCUCACCUCUCUCUCGGCCGGGUACCUCCAAUGAUUCUAUAAACUCAAAGUAG